ACUUAUUUGAUUCAGCAGGUAUGCAAUGUUUUUCCCAAAAUCUCCCAUCAAUAUAAGGGAUAAAGUUGUCUAGUGAAAGCAGGGUUUUUCAAAAAGGCUGUGCGGGUUUGUCGAUGCAGAUGGCUGAAAGUUGUCUGAUGUUACAAUGGAGUGCAGCCCAGUGUUGCCGGACAGUUUGGUGUUAGAGAUCUUCCUGCGUCUGCCCCAUGAUGCGGUGCUGAGAGCAGGGCUGACAUGUCGGCAGUGGUUGGCUGUAUCCCGAGAUGAGUUCCUUUGGAGAGAGCUGUUUUACAGCUACUACCGCAUCCCACGCUCUGUGCCCAGACACCCAGCGGCAGUGUCCUGGUACAGGGAGUUUAGGCGUCUCUUUGACUGUAUCCCCUGUGUGGAGGUGCAGACUCUCAGACAACACACCGACCAAGUACUCCACCUGGCAUUUUCCCACAGGGGCCACCGCUUCUCCUCCUGCUCCAAAGACUGCACAGUAAAGUUGUGGGACACAGAGCGACCAGAUGGCAACAUUUCAUUGGUGCACAGUUCAAGCAUGCGACAGUUUAACUGGGGCUACACACAGUUCUCCCAGUUUAAUGCAGAUGACACAUUACUGUUGGUGUCUGGGGUUUAUCUUGGACCACACCAUUCCUCCUCAGGCGAGAUUGCUGUAAUCAGUUUGGAAAACUAUACACUGUUGUCAAGAGUGAGGAACAAACCAUAUGAUGUAUUUGGCUGUUGGCUGAAUGAAACUCACCUUAUCUCUGGAAACUUGCACUGGAUUGGGAACAUGACAUCUUGUUCGGUCCUUUGGCUAAAUAAAGCUUUUCAGGAUAUUGAAUCGGAGAACGUAAACGUGGUGAAACGCCUUUUUAAGAUUCAGAACAUCAACGCCAGCACUAUCCGGACUGUUAUGGUGGCCCACUGUCAUCGCCAUGACAACCCAGACUUGCUGCUGGAUUACGAAGCGCAGUCAGAGGCUCGGAGGAAGAGGGGCCAUGAGAUGCAGCACCAACCACUUCUGUUUGAUCUCGGGACAUCGGGCAGUGAAGAGGACGACGAUGAAGAGGAGUGUGGGAGGUGUUUCUCAUCCCCGCGCCAUCCUCUGCCCACAUACUCAGGGCUAGAACAUGUUAUGCAGAGCUGUAAAAACGUGGGCCAAAGGGAACUCCAGAUCGAGACCCACGUGGCCAAGGUGAUGGGCAGAGCUCACACAAAGGCUUCUGGGUCCAGCCUUAUAGACCACUGUGAUUCUAAUGAUGGAGAAGAUAAAACUUAUCUACUGUUCACAACUGGCAGUCUUACAUAUUCUCCACACCAGAUUGGUAUAAAACGUAUCAAGCCUGACCAAAUGACCACGUCUGGGCCUGUUUUGGGGGAGGAGCGCAGUUCAGAUGAGUUUUUUGAUUCUUUGGACCAUGUUAUUGAUAUUCAUGGUCACAUCAUUGGAAUGGGGCUUUCUCCAGAUCACAGAUAUCUCUAUGUUAACAGCAGAGCUUGGCCAGCUGGGUGUGUUAUCUCUGACCCCAUGUCACCACCCCCCAUCGCAGAAGAAAUAGACCUCCAUGUAAUUGACCUGAAGAAUCUCAGAGAAGAAAGAAGAAGCUUACGUGCCCAUAGAGCCUUCACUCCUAAUGACGAGUGCUUCUUUAUUUUUUUGGAUGUCAGUAGAGACUUUGUUGCCAGUGGGGCUGAGGACAAACAUGGUUACAUCUGGGACCGCCACUACAACAUCUGUCUGGCCCGCCUGGCACACGAUGAUGUGGUCAACUCAGUGGCUUUUAGCCCAGCUGACCAGGAGCUGCUACUGUCUGCCAGUGAUGACUCUACCAUCAAAGUGUGGCGCUCCCCACGCAUGGUCCGCCUCGCACAGACGCCAUCUCGCCCUCCCAAACCACGGAGCCUGCUAACAUCCUGGCUCAGUCGAGGCAAGAACUCCACUCCAGGAAGUAAUGUGAAUGGAAAAUCUUGAAAACACAGGGGGCAAGACUUGAAUUGCAGCCUACUGUAUAAGAGGAUAUCAUUUUCUUGGUUAAUUUAUGUCUACUGGUGAAAGCUAGUUGAAUCGUGUCUUGAAAAGACUGAUGGAGGGAGGAGUGCUAAGAACACCAGCAGAGGGCAGCAAUCACCAUGAAUGAAAAGUAUAGCAAGAGAAACGUGUAAGCCCGUCUGGGGUAUGUUUAGUCGUUUUUAACUGUCAUCUUGAAACUAAAAUGGCUAAUGAAUGGAGUAGUACUUGCAUCUUUAAAAAAAUACAAAAACAAAACUCAGCAGACAGCAUUGUACAAAAAGCUAAUAUGUACUGCUUAGGGGUAGGUGAUAUGGCAAAAAAAAAAAACUUUUUUUUUUUUUUUAAUAGCUGAGAUAAAUUUAGAUUUAAUCACAGUUCAUACAGUAAGUACCUUUUUAUCCUCCAUUAAAGGGUAACUAAAGUCACCUGUUGUUUGAGUCUGCACACCUAACUGUAAUUGAUGUUAUUCACCUGUCUCUCACUCGGAGCGAGAUGGAGAGGGUGGGAAAAGUUUUGUGUUCUUCAUUUAACAGAAAAGCACUGAGUCAUGAAGUUUCACCAAAUAGCAUUUCGUCACAGGGGUCAGGUCACUAUUUGAUUUAUUUUUCUGCCAUAUUGCCCAGCCCUAGUACUCCUUGUCAAAAUGUUUUAACAUUCUGCUAUAGUUGCAACAUCUUGGGGUUUUAAAAUCAAACUUAAAGUCUCUAUUUCAUUUUCAAAGGAAAGAAUCAAGUUUUACCAUUGUGGCUGAAAUUUUAAAGUUAUUGUGUAUUUUAUGGUUGAGUGUAAAGCUAAAGAAUUAUAUUUAAGGGUUUUAAAGCAUGAGCUACAGAUGGUACUGUAUGUCUAGUGUAACUUUUAAGUGUCUGGGCCUGUCAUUAAACUAAUGUAAUAAUUGCUCUCCA